AUGGUUAACAAUGAACCUUUACCGCGAUUGGAGUUGGUCAUAUCUGAAACGGAGUCGGAAAUGUCGGGGUCUUUCACGAGUUAUUCCACACCCUCGGCAACUUCACCUCAGCCGACUCAUUGCGCCUGCGAGCGUAACUUGAAGGUAUACAAUGAGUCUUCACGACGUCAGGAAGAGCAGAUAAAGUUAGCAAUUACAAACUUUCCGUCAAAGAAUCAUCAGAAUUAUGAAGAACGCGAAAUUCGACGGAAGGAGCGCAAUAAUGCAGCCUCCAGAAAGUCGCGCGCGCUUCGCAAGCGCCGCUUUCAACAGAUGCUGCUAGAGACCGAACGUCUAACCAACUCCAACGCCAAGCUCCGAGCUCUUGUUGAGGAACUAAACUCAAUCAUGGCCGAGUCCAAAGCUAUUCUCUUUAAGAAAUUUACAAGUCCAAUCACUAGCAACUCAACCAUGGCAGCACAACAGCCAACGGCUAAUCUCAUGGAAUAG